AUGCCGUGGAAUUCGAGUUUCCCAGUCCUACUGGCCUCUUUGUAUCUCAUGGACUUCGCUAAUGCUAAAAAUCCGUGCAAGACCGAAGUUAGCGUACCUGGUAUGGCUCUCAGAGGAUUCGUCUUUAAAAAGGUCCCAGUAACAGCUCCUCAUGUGUGCGAUAUCACCUGCGAGAGGGAAACGAUAUGUCAAAGCUACAAUUAUGUAAUUGGGGAAAAGUCCUGUGAACUUAACACCCGGACCAAGGAAGCAAGGCCCGAGAAUUUCCAGCCAGACGAUUUACGCUUUUACAUGGGACGCAUUAGUGGUAGAACCCCCUUAGGAUCUAUUCCUGAAUUACCAGCGCUGUCGUGCCAAGAGAUAAAAUUAAGUGAAGGUAAAGACAGCAUCAGUAAAAAUUACUGGUUGGAUCCAAUUAAUGUCGGGAGCUCAAAGCUGGUUUACUGCGACAUGAUUUUGGAAGACAUCGAUGAAUGUAAAGGCAGCAAUAAGGUUUGUGACGAAAAUGCAAACUGCUCCAAUACUGUUGGGUUUUAUAAUUGCAUCUGCAAAGAAGGAUUUACUGGGGAUGGACGCUCGUGCUCAGCCGAUCCUUGCUAUCAUUAUAAAAACCUGAGUGAAGCCAGUAGAAAGAUUAGUUACGUAAGUGGUUUAGAGCUGUGUGACAAACUACUCCCUGAGAGAUGGUAUCGUUUCGUGGGAGCUGCAGGAACAAAAAUGCCAACAACGCGUGUGCAAGCAUUCAGUUGUGGUACAGACUGGCCAGGCUGGUUGGAUGGUGCUCAUCCUACAGUGGAAGAUGGUGACGUUCUCCGGACGGUCUGCUUUAGUGAUCGCAAUACUGGUUGCAUAUACUCAACAAAUAUUUUUGUAAAAAACUGUGGAUCCAACUUCAUAUACAAACAUAAACACCCACCUCAUUGUGAGUCACGCUACUGUAGUACAGACUGA